AUGAUCGACUCACCGCUCAAGGACGUUUCUGCUAACCUGCGCGACAUGAAGCUCGGUGCUUCUCCAAGCAAGGGUGGCGCGCUCAAGGCUGGAGCUGGGAGACUGGGUCUGUCCAGGAAGGAUCGAAUGGACUCGGUGCCCUCCUCUUCGGCUGACCUCAAAGUUGGUAUCACAAGAGACUGGCAAGGACCGGACAAGGCAUUGAAGCCAAAAGUGGCGGCAAGCAUUUCUCGCGGGGACCGAUACAUCCCCAACCGAGAGCUCAAGCGAUCUACUACUCCACACCCUCACACUGAUGCAGAUGGCGACACCAUCCGCUCGCAUGUUUCAGGCGAUGCUACUGACCCUAACAUCGCAGCCAACAUUGCAGCAGCCAAUGCAAACCCCACCGACCUCGAAGGUCAUCCCUCCUUUGAAGAUUCUGUCUCGUCGGAGAUGUCACAGCGCAUCCUCUCCUUCUCAGCAGCACCGCCUUCCUCGUUGGCCAACCCCGACGUGCGCAGCCGUUACGCUAUGACCAAGCCCAAGUCCACCCUCCCGAGCAGUCUGCAAAGUUCAGGUCGUCGACGAAUUCCAACAACACCAGAGCGCACUCUGGACGCACCGAGCAUGGUUGGCGACUUCUACUACAACCUUCUUGACUGGUCCUCCACAAACAUGCUUGCCGUGGCAUUGCAAACAGGAUUAUGGAUCUGGAAUGGAAAUACUGGCGAUGCCAGUGCGCUGUUAGAUACUUCCACUAUGGCGGACAAGAUCGGCGGCGGUGGUUUGAUCACAGGUUUGCGGUGGGACGCAGAUGGCAACAUCCUGGCUGUCGGUCUAGAAGGAGGCUUUGUGCAGAUUUGGGAUGUGGAGAGCAGCACACGAAUGCGAACGUUGAAGCCGACUGGUGAUGGUGGUGCCGACCACGCUUCCGUGAAUGUGGCUGCCUGGGCUCCGGAUGGUACGCUCAACGCAGGCUUCCAGAGUGGUAUUAUUCGUGAAUACGACGUGAGGGAAAGGGAUGCGGUAACAAGGACGCUUGAAAAGGCGCACCAUGGACCUGUUUGCGGUAUGGAGUGGCGUUCGGAUAGCGCACUCAUGGCUUCGGGAGGUAAUGACAACGUAGUCAAAGUAUGGGAUCGUCGCACAUCUGUUGCCAAGAUGCGAAAGGAGAAUCACCAGGCUGCGGUCAAGGCCUUGGCAUGGUGCCCUCACAACCUGAGCCUUCUUGCAACAGGCGGAGGCACCAGCGAUCGGAACAUUCACUUCUGGAACACAACACAAAAUUCUCGAACCAUGACCAUCUCCACGGGCGCUCAAAUCACCUCUCUUCACUGGGCACCACACUAUCGUGAGAUCGUCUCCACCCACGGUCUCGGUACAACAGAGUCCAACAAAGGUUUGCUCAACAUCUGGUCGCAUCCCUCGGGCACAAAGGUGGCGGAGAUCGAAGCUCACGAGAAGCGAGUAUUGCAUUCGAGCCUCAGCCCGGACGGCGAAGUAUUGGCGACGGUCAGUGACGAUGAAGAGCUGAAGCUGUGGAGGAUCUUUGAGAAGCCAGUCGAGUCGACGAAGGGUGCAAAAGUGGCUACGGGCGGAUUUGGUACGCAUGGCGCUGGCGGAUCUAGUGUUCGUACUUUGCGCUGA